AAACAAUGACACAAAGAAACCCCUUCAAAAAGACUCAAAAAAAAAAAAAAGAAACUCACCAGCACCAAAAUCUGCAUUUGUGCAGAUUGACCAAACCACAUGAAUUAAAUUAAAUUCCAAAUCCACCCUUACCCCUACCCCACAAAGUCUCUGCAAUCACUGUUUUACUUCCCCAGUGAUCCAUCACUCUCUCUCUCUCUGAUGCAAAGAAUCCUUUUUGCCCUUAUUCUUCUUGUUCUCUGUCUUCCCAAGGCCAGCCAUGGAGGAUGAACCAGCUGGUCACCCCUCCAACCCCACCACAAAUUCAUCAAGAACAAAGCCAAGAAAUCUCAGACAAACCAGUGGUGCCAUCAUCCAUCACAACCCAAGUAACAACAUUAGGUUUGGGCUUCAAAAUCAGAACCUUUCCCAGAAUUACCCUCCUCUUCUCCCCCUUCCUCUGCAAUUUCCCCUCCCUCUUCCCCAUUCUUUCAGAUCAAAACUCCAUUUCCACAACCCACCUCCAUUUAUGCAGGUGAACCCUCCUUUUCCCACCCCUUCUGGUUCCCUUUUUCAAGAUUUCUCAGCUUCAUCUGAUUCAAUGAGGGCACUUCAAAUAAAUGAUGAGAAGCAGAAUGGGAGAAUGAAGGUGAUGGCUGCAACUCCAGAGUCAAUGGUGAUGGCAAGAAGACCAGAUUCUGGUGGCAUGGAAGGGCACGUAAUCCCUUUGCUUGCCAACCAUUUCCUCGUUCAAUUCGACCCGUCACAAAGGAUUUUCCAUUACGAUGUCGAAAUCUCCCCUACCCCAUCCAAGGAAAUUGCAAGAAUGAUCAAGAAGAACAUUGUGGAGAACCACUCAUCUGUCGUGUCUGGUUUCAACCCGGUCUACGAUGGGAGAAGAACCAUAUACAGUCCAGUUGAAUUCCAGGAUGACAGGAUUGAGCUCUACAUCAAUCUCCCUUUAAAUGGGGCAAAUUCACCCAAGAUGUUUAGAGUCAACAUCAAACUAGUGUCCAAACUUGAUGGAAUGAAGCUCAAGAGCUACUUGAACAAUGAAAGGGACCGCGACGAGUGGGCCCCGCUUCCUCAGGAAUAUCUCCACGCGCUAGAUGUCGUGCUUCGGGAAAGCCCAACCGAGAAUUGUUUGGCAUCCGGGAAAUCGUUUUACUCGAGCUCAAUGGGAGGGGCUGAGGAGAUAGGAGGAGGAGCCGUGGCGUUGAGGGGAUUCUUUCAGAGUCUUAGACCAACCAAACAAGGCCUUGCUCUCAAUGUCGAUUUAUCGGUAACAGCUUUCCACGAGAGUAUAGGAGUGAUACCUUACUUGGAAAAGCGCCUACACUUUCUGCACAAUCUCUUGAAUAUGAAGAAGACAAUGAAGUUGACAAGUGAAGAGAGGAAAGAAGUGGAGAAGGCAUUAAAGAACAUUAGGGUGUUUGUUUGCCAUAGAGAAACCGUCCAAAAGUAUCGCGUUUAUAGCUUAACUGAAGAUGUAACAGAUGAUCUUUGGUUUCGCGACAGGGAUGGAACGAGUAAAAGGCUAGUGAACUAUUUCAAAGAUCAUUACAACUAUGACAUACAGUUUAAGAAUUUGCCUUGUUUGGUGACAAGUAGAGGCAAGCCUUGCUAUCUUCCAAUGGAGUUAUGUGUCAUUUGUGAAGGGCAGAAGUUUCUCGGGCAGCUCUCCGAUGACCAGACUGCCCGCAUUCUCAAAAUGGGGUGUCGACGACCAAGGGAACGAAAAGCCAUCAUAGAUGGAGUCAUGACCGGACCCGUCGGACCCACAAGUGGAAAUCAAGGAGAAGAGUUCAAGAUUCGAAUAUCCAGAGAAAUGACGCGACUGCAAGGGAGAGUCUUCCUCCCUCCGAGACUGAAACUCGGGGACCACGGACACGUAAAGAACCUGGUCCCCUCUCGGCGCGACAGACAGUGGAACCUUCUAGAAGGCCACCACGUAUUCAAAGGAACCCGCGUCGAGAGGUGGGCCCUGAUAAGCUUUGGUGGGACCCACAAUCAAAAGUCCCACAUACCAAAGUUUGUAAACCAACUGUCUCAAAAAUGUGAGCAGUUAGGCAUCUUCCUUAACAAGACCAUGGCACUCAUCCCACAGUUUGAGCCAAUGCACUUGCUCAACAAUGCCAAGCAGCUGGAAUCCAAGCUCAAGAAAAUGGAGAAGAAUCAUCUGCAGCUCUUGAUCUGUGUGAUGGAGAAGAAACACAAAGGGUAUGGGGACUUGAAACGGAUCGCCGAGACCAGGAUCGGCGUGGUUUCGCAAUGUUGUUUGUACCCGAACCUUGCCGGCCUCUCCUCCCAUUUCCUCGCGAACUUGGCUUUGAAGAUCAACGCCAAGCUCGGGGGGUCCACCGUUGCGCUCCUCAACCCGUUGCCAGCCCAGGUGCCGAGGCUCUUCAAGCCCGACGACCCGGUCAUCUUCAUGGGUGCGGAUGUCACCCAUCCGCACCCGCUGGACGACUCGAGCCCUUCGGUCGCUGCCGUGGUUGGCAGCUUGAACUGGCCCGAGUCCAACAAGUACGCGUCGAGGAUGCGGUCCCAGACGCACAGGCAGGAAAUCAUCGAGGAUCUCAGCGAGAUGGUGAGCGAGAUCCUCGACGACUUCUACGACGAGAUGUUCCUCCUCCCGAAGAGGAUCGUCUUCUUCAGGGACGGAGUGAGUGAAUCCCAAUUCGCCAGAGUCCUUCAGAAAGAGCUGAAGGCCAUACGAACCGCCUGUUCCAGGUUCCCGGGCUACAAGCCACCCAUCACAUUCGCGGUCGUCCAAAAGAGGCACCACACGCGGUUGUUUCCGGCGGACGAAUUAGUGAAAGAGAGCAACGUGCCGCCGGGCACGGUGGUGGACACGGUGAUCACGCACCCGACGGAGUUCGACUUUUAUCUGUGCAGUCACUGGGGAGGGGCAAAGGGGACGAGUCGGCCGGUCCAUUACCACGUUUUGUGGGACGAAAACCGGUUCACCUCGGACGAGUUGCAGAGGCUGGUGUACAACCUCUGCUACACCUCCGUGAGGUGCACCAAGCCGGUGUCGCUUGUGCCGCCUGUGUACUACGCGCACCUGGCGGCGUAUAGGGGCAGGCUGUAUCUCCAGCGUCCUACAAACUCUGGGGUCACUCGAGCUGCGCCCUCCAAGACAAUGCCACUGCCCCAACUUGCUGACAGUAUUAGGAAACUAAUGUUUUACUGCUAGGAUUCUCAGUAUUAACGUUUUCAGUCUAAUUAGUUAUAGUUUACCUGGUAGCUAAUUUCAAUUG